AUGCCUCUGUCCGCCGUGGCGUUCGGCCUCGCCCGCGUCGGCUCCUGGAUCGUGUCUGACAAGGCCUGGGGUAUCGUGGAGAGCACCCUCGGCAACGCGACCGAGUGUGCGGUCGCGUACGGCUUGGUCGGCUCGCUGAAGUGGGGCGCGGCUCUGCUCUCCGUCGCAUCGUUCCUCUGGCGCGGUGGCGAGAGCCUGCAAGCUCGCGUCGCCGUCGCGCCGUGCACGCCGACCGACUAUCAGGAAGUGACGAGUCUAGCUCCGAGCGAGAAAGCCGAGGAGGACGGGAGGUUGUGGUAUAUGGCGACGCCCGACGGAGACGUCUACCCUCACGAGCUGACGGUCCAGGCGCUGCGCAUCAUCGUGCCGUACGACAUGAGGGAUCGGAGGCAGCUGCUCAACAGAGAAGGGGCCAACCCGGUGGGCGUCGGCACGUACGGCAGGGACUGGGUCAUGAGCCCCGCGGCCUUCGCGCUGCAGUUGCGGUUCGUCUUGGGGCAAUCGCUCGACGAGGUGCUGGAGACGGCGGAUCUCGACGCCUUCGUGGUCGCGUCGGGGUUCGGCAUGGCGAUGAAGGGGGGCCGCACGAUGUUGGUGCGGGCUCUCCCUCCUGACGGUGGCGACGAGCUCGACGCGCGCGUGCUCGCGCUGCGGGCCAACGCCACGGAGCGUUUCCUCGGGAUGCGUGAGGCCGUGGCGGAGCUCACCGAGACGCACUGGGACUUUUUCCCGAUCAGUGGGCCCCGCACCGUGAAGUGGGUGUGUGAGUUCGUGCGAGAGAAUGACGUGACAUUCAGAUCUCGGCACGCCAAGUUCAAGGCCGAGACGGGGCUGUCAUCCUCGGACCAGGACGUCUCCGUCCACGAGCUCUGCUGCCGCAUCAUGCACCUGCUGCUGACGUACGAUCAGCUCAAUGGCAGCGAGCUGUCGUGUGCGGAGCUGGUGUGCCGCCGACUCCAGAUGGCCGAGUACCGCCAUCGCGAGAGGAUUCUCACGACGUCCCGAGGUGACGAGCUGCUCGAGGACUCGCACCUGUACCUCGGGACGGGCGAGACCCGCGGGCUGGUCUGCAUCUCGCCGAAGCUGCUCGCGUUCGUGACGGACGAGCUCCACAAGGAGAGCCUCGUCCUCAAGGAGCGGCGGAAGCUGAAGGAGGAGCGGAUGGCCUCGCGGGGGGACGACGCACACGGUGGUGGCGGCGGCGGUGACGGGCGGGCGCGUCUCUCAGGGAUGCAGAGCACCGUCGAUCGGCAGAAGUCGGAGAUCGAGAAGUUGAAGAAGCAGUUGGCGGGUGGACCCAAGGGGGCUGGCGCUCCCUUCCACUUCACGAUCAUGGUGGUCCAGCGGGACAUCCUCCCGAUCCCGCUGGACCUGGCGACUGCGCACUUCGAGCGGCGCAACCACAAUCAGCUGGCCGUCGAGCUGUGGACCUGCGAGGUCGUCGCGGCGCUCAACUUCCUCAACGGGCGCCUGGGCGGCGACGGGUUCGACAAGCUAUCGGCGGCGCAGCUCACUGGCAUCGAGUCGCUCUACGGCCACCUGUUGGAGUUCGGGCCUCCUGAUGUCAGUCCCACGGCGGCCUACACUGAGCUGCGUGGUUGUUCUCCUGGGUGCGACAUGUCCCCAGCGAAAGCGGUUCUGUUCACCGAAGGGAGCGUCGCGGUGCCUUCGGACUCCAGGAAGUGCGAGCCCGCCUACCUGUUGUCGGAGUCCGUGCGCGACUUGUGGCAGGACUGGGAGAAGCAUCUCUUGCGCCCUCGUAAGGAGUGGCUUGCCAAUGUGCCACCUCACUUCGACGCCAGGUUGAAGAGCUCGCCGAAGCUAUACGCCAGUUUUUUGCACGAUUUGUUCAAUGCGGGCAUGAUCGAAUUCACCAGCGAGCGCAAGCACGCGCUCGCGCCGUUCUUCGUCGCCAAGCGGGACGGGAGCGGCCAGCAGCGGAUGGUUCUGGACACCCGGCGUGUCAAUCGUAUGUUUUAUGACCCCGACGUCGCCGAGCUGCCGACGGCAGGCAGCUGGCAGAGCCUACGGCUCGGGACCGACAGCAGCCUCUUCCUCGGUCAGUGUGACAUCGAGGCAGCCUUCUAUCGCUUCCUUGCACCGCCUGGUCUGAGCGAGCUGAUGGUUCUUCCGAGUAUCGAUCGCGGUGCUCUUGCCAACGUGCUGCCGAGCGGCACACUCGACGGCGUCGUCGGCCGCAGGUGUUCGCCUUGUCUGAAGGUGCUGCCCAUGGGCUGGAACUGGAGCUUGUUCUUCUGCCAGCACGCCGUUGAGGGUAUGCUGAGGACGGUAGGCAUCGGUGACCACAGGCUCGUCCACGAGAGGAAGGUGAUUCCCGACCUCGAGAGCGAGACCGUCGCCGCCGCCUACGUCGACGGCGUCGCCGUGAUCGUAGCCGAGAACCUGGACACGUCGACGCAGCAGUUCCAUGCCAGAUGCGACGAGCUCCUGAAGGCCAACAGCACAGAGGCCAGGGAGUUCAUGGCCAAGCUCGAGGUGCACGAGGGCAAAGGGGACGGGGAGCUGGCCGCGAGCGCACUCGAGAGGGCGAAGAAGACAGUGGCAGCGGCGGCGGAGAAGGCAGAUGCCGCCCAGCAGGCGUUGCUGGGGGGCAUGGGCGUUGAUCCGGAACCGUUACCAGACCUCACCGACGCAGAGAUGGCAUGGCUGGUGGACGAGAGCCAACGAGCAGACCCAGUCGACCAGCCCGAGAAGCACAAGCGGUGGAUGGAGACCAGGCCGCGCAACGAUAUGUCUCCCAUGGCACGGGCGCUCGCAAUGCAGGAGCGCCGGAGGCUGGCGCCAACGCGCCUGCCGCAGUCACGAGCGACUGGCGGCCAGGAGGCGGGGGCAUCAGCUAGGGCGGCGGCGGCAAUGCCAGCUCGCAUCGGCAUGGCACACCUGGCUGGGGCCACCGAAGGGGGCAUCUCCCCAUCAGGUAGCAGGGGCAGAGCGGCCAUGGCGCGGGCGGCCACAGGCAAGGGGCUCAUCAUUAGAAUCACUGACAGCGUUUACGCGUGGACAGGCAAACGUCUGAGUGACCGUAACGAGCACCUGCUGAGCCGCGCGUUGGGGCUGCUGCGGGAGACGGGCUUGCCGUGGACCAUCGGGGGGGAUGCCCAACAGACGCCGAAGGAGCUCCAGCGCAGCCACGGCGCGCAGCGAGCAGGACGCCGCCUCGCACUAGCGGGCGCCAAGAGGCACCGCCAGGGCCCCUUCGGCGACGCGCAGAAUGGGAGCAGGCUGGCCGAGGAGGCCCGUGCCAGCGUCCGCCAGCAGCUGCCGGCGCUGGAGGGCGUCGCCGGGCGCGCGGGUGCGGUGUCCGCGGCGUGUCGGGAGGCGGAGCGGUUGUGCAGGAGCGCCGGGCGAGUGGCUGACGCGCUGCGGCGCGCGGCCGGGGAGCUGGUGGGCCUGCGGGAGGAGGAGGGCGCGCAGGACGCCGCACAGGACGAGCGCCAGGCGUCCGAGUUCGAGGCCGCGUGGCAGGGCACCGGCGAGGCCGCACGCGCCUGCGCCAGCCGCAUGGCGGAGCUGGUCGCAGCCCUGACCGCCACGAUGAACGACAUCCAGGCGGAGAGGCAGCGGUGCGUCUCGGAGGCCGGGCUCACCGAGGAGGACCUGGUGAAGGCCGAGGUCAGGUUCAAGCUGCAGAUACGGCAGCCGCGGUGGUGGCAGUGGUGGCGCCGGGCUGCCUCCGCGGAGGAGGCCGCCGCGAGUCAGGAGCUCGGCGACCGGCGCACGCUCACGGUCGCGUCGCUCGUGAGGCUGGAGAAGCGGCUGGACGCCGCAGAGGAGUCCAUGCGGUCCGCGUGCGCUGAGGUGCUCGGGGAGCUGCGGCGGGCGCCCCACCCUGUUGGCGAGUCGCUUGUGCUGUGCUCCGGCAGCGGCGGCCCGGCCCCGCCGCCCCAGGGGCCAAAGACGAGAACGCCGGGCGAGCGUGUCCAGGGGCUCAUCAGCAGCAUGUCCACGGCCGAGGGGCGAGAACAGCUGAGAGCGGCCGAGGAGGACAGCACCGCCCACUCCCGCCAGCGGCCCGCGGAGGUGGAGGAGGCGAGGGAGCUGCGGGCCCCGCCGGUGGAGGUGCUUGGCACCGGGCAGUGGCGCGUGAGGGGAAUCUACGAGCACCAGGCCCUGAAGGCGGGCCUCCGCCUGCUGGACGAGAAGUGGGACGACCAGGGGGCCACGGAGCCCCUCCGCCUCGGGCAGUGCGAGGCGCCGCUGCUGCGCGAGGGGCUCUUCCGACAGCUGCUGACGGGAGCCCUGCACCUGAAGGCGAUUCCCGCAGCCGACGUCGCGGCAGCCCAGGGGGACCUCGAGCAGCUGUCGCUGCGCCAGCUGCUCCGGCUGCGGGUGCUCCACCUCGACUUCUGCCCAAGCGGCCGCGGCGCCGACUCGGUAAACACGGUGGGAGGGGCGCACGAGGCCUUCCUCGGCAAGCUGGACGUCGCCCUCUUCCGGGGGAUCGGGAAGACGUCGCUGGGAGGCCUCGCGUUCGACGCCGUCGACCCGCACAAGGCCGGGCGGGAGGCGGUGCUGCUGACGGCGGCUUCCGCGGGCAUCUCGUGGCCGCAGUGGUGGUGCUGGUGGCUCAGCGACAGGCACCGCGCCUUCUUCCACGUGGAGCAGUGCGUGUUCCGGGCCGAGUUCCCGGGCGCGAUCGGGGGAGUGCUGGAGGUGACCGACCUGUCCCGGAGGGACCGGCACGCGUCCGGCGGCGGGGUACGUUGGCUCGACUGGCGAGUGGAGCACGUUCACGAGGAGUCGAGCCUGUUCGCGACCCUGCCGAAGGCCGGCUUGGGCUUCCCAGAAGCAGAGCUGAAG